AUGGAUAUAGCAACAGGUCCCGAGUCUCUGGAGAGGUGCUUCCCCCGCGGGCAGACGGACUGCGCCAAGAUGUUGGACGGCAUCAAGAUGGAGGAGCACGCCCUGCGCCCCGGACCCGCCACUCUGGGGGUGCUGCUGGGCUCCGACUGCCCGCAUCCCGCCGUUUGCGAGGGCUGCCAGCGGCCCAUCUCCGACCGCUUCCUGAUGCGAGUCAACGAGUCGUCCUGGCACGAGGAGUGUUUGCAGUGCGCGGCGUGUCAGCAAGCCCUCACCACCAGCUGCUACUUCCGGGAUCGGAAACUGUACUGCAAACAAGACUACCAACAGCUCUUCGCGGCCAAGUGCAGCGGCUGCAUGGAGAAGAUUGCCCCCACGGAGUUUGUGAUGCGGGCACUGGAAUGCGUGUACCACCUGGGCUGCUUCUGCUGCUGUGUUUGUGAGCGGCAGCUACGCAAGGGCGAUGAGUUCGUGCUCAAGGAGGGCCAGCUGCUGUGCAAGGGUGACUACGAGAAGGAGAAGGACCUGCUCAGCUCCGUGAGCCCCGACGAGUCGGACUCUGUAAAGAGUGAGGACGAGGAUGGGGACAUGAAGCCUGCCAAGGGGCAGGGCAGCCAGAGCAAGGGCAGCGGGGAUGACGGGAAGGACCCACGGAGACCCAAGCGGCCCCGCACCAUCCUCACCACGCAGCAGCGAAGAGCCUUCAAGGCCUCCUUCGAGGUCUCCUCCAAGCCCUGCCGAAAGGUCCGAGAGACGCUGGCGGCAGAGACCGGCCUCAGCGUGCGCGUGGUCCAGGUCUGGUUUCAGAACCAAAGAGCAAAGAUGAAGAAGCUGGCACGGCGGCACCAGCAGCAGCAGGAGCAGCAGAACUCCCAGCGGCUGGGCCAAGAGGUCCUGUCGAGUCGCAUGGAGGGCAUGAUGGCCUCCUACACACCGCUGGCCCCACCGCAGCAGCAGAUCGUGGCCAUGGAGCAGAGCCCCUACGGCAGCAGCGACCCCUUCCAGCAGGGCCUCACGCCACCCCAAAUGCCAGGGAACGACUCCAUCUUCCACGACAUCGACAGCGAUACCUCCUUAACCAGCCUCAGCGACUGCUUCCUCGGCUCCUCCGACGUGGGCUCCCUGCAGGCCCGCGUGGGGAACCCCAUCGACCGGCUCUACUCCAUGCAGAGUUCCUACUUCGCCUCCUGAGAGCCGGCUGGCCGCGCGGACACUUGGGCCAGGGUCCUGGGGUGGGCCCGCGGGCCACAGCGGCCAGCCCGCCACCCCGACCCCGCCGCCCACACAGAC